AUUCCCAUGGUCAAUCAAUACGUUACUAUAUGUCAAAUUUCAUUCAUACCGUUGUCAGUCAGUUAUUGUCAGUGGUGGUGAGACAGUAUAUGUAUGCCGUUUUUUAGAGCUUAAUAGUCACUAAUAAAUUAAUAUACUAUGGCUACCUCGACUGUAUUAAGAGUGAAGCGGCGGCUUGAAGAAAACCCUCAAGAUGCCCUUGUGCUUAUGUGUAAACGAAUCAAAACUGAUUCCGAGGAAAUAUCACCAUCCCUGUUUGUUUUUCGAGGAACUGUUGAUAGCCAGGAAACCACACAAGUGAAAAAUGUCCUACCAAAAAUAGAUAUCAAACAACAAAAAAUCAAUGCCGCAGAAAUAAUAAAAAAAAUGAGGGCAGAACGCAAGGAGGUUACAACAGAGAAUCGUUACAAACUCCUUAAUUGCAGUAGAGGGGUGAAAGAAGACAGCAACGAGGAUAGCAAUGUUUAUAAUUUCAUAGACCUUCAGAAAACGGAUGACAAGGAAGGAGAUGUUAUAUACGCUUAUGAUCUGUACACAAGUUAUAAAAAGGAGUUUGAUGUGUCAAUGAUAGAUAAUAUUGUUAGCGUCGAAACAGAGAUCCUAUUAGAUUCAUAUCAAGACCCCUUCAGCUCGGAUUGUGAGUGUGAUGAUGACGAUGACUCCAACGAUGAGAACAACUGGAGGAACGAGUAUCCUGACUCAGAGCAGAGCAGCAUAGAGCUUGAGGAUAUGAUCAAUGCCAUGGCGAAUGUUGAUAUGGAGGAGCUAUCGAGCGACGAAGGCGAAGAAGACAUUUACGAUGACAACUGCGUAAGGAAAGAAGACGUCGAAAACUAUGGAGCGGCUUAUGCAAAGUACAAGGCAAAAGUAUUGGCAGAAAACCCAGACUUGAAAGGCAGUAAACUGGUACACAGUUCUCGAGAUGAUAGCUAUAAAGACGAUAGUGAUGGCUUUUAUUACGGAGAAGACGAAGACACUGAACAAUUCAAAGAUCAGUACUUUGUAGACUCAGAUGCAAGCGGCAGAAAUAGUCCAAUUUAAAUAUAAUUGUUUUAGGUUGUUCUAUUCAAGUUGUACAUUUUUAACUGUAUAUAUUUGAUCGUUAUUUUUUACUUGUUUACAAUCAAAUCAAGCAGUGUUCCUAGAAUACUUGUGUGAUUAAACUAACCGAAUCUUCUAGUCUAAGGUCUUAUUAAAUUUGUACUAGUUAUGAUGUUAAAUAGAUAAAUGGUGUAAUCGA